UAUCUCAACACACUGAACACACCUGUGUUGAAUACGACCGGACUAUACACUUUUUUUCUGCUUACCUGGUUCUGAUUACUCACAGGCAUGGCUUCCCUCAUGUCAGAGGAGCAGUUUCUGUGCUGUAUCUGCCUGGACAUCUUCACCAACCCCGUGUCCAUCCCGUGUGGUCACAACUUCUGCCUGACCUGCAUCAAAGGCUACUGGGACACCCGCGAGCGCUUCGAGUGCCCCCUCUGCAAGGAGAGCUUCCACCGUCGGCCAGAGCUACGCAUUAAUCACGUUUUUAAGGACAUCACUGAGCACUUCCAGAGGUCCCUAAAGGUCAAAGCCCAGCAGGCAGAUGAAGGCGAUUAUCAAGACAUAGGAGUAUUAGCGUCACAGUGUUCACCAGGUCUCGGUCCUGAGCCAGAUGCAGUUUCCUGCGAUGUCUGUACCGGGACGAAGCAGAGAGCUGUUAAGUCCUGCCUGGUGUGUCAGGGGUCGUACUGCGAGAACCACCUGGGGCCUCACCAGAGAGAGCCGGCCCUCCAGAGGCACAGGCUGACGGACCCAGCAACCUUCGCCACGCGAGGCCUGUGCCGGAAGCACGAGAGGCCCCUGGAGCUGUUCUGUAGGAUGGACCAGACACCGGUGUGUGUGAGAUGCAAUGAUACUGACCAUAAGGGCCACAACACUAUCCCAAUGGAGAGAGAGAGCAAGAAGAUGAGGACUCAGAUGAAGAAGACUGAAGGAGAUCUGUUGAAGAUGGUUCAGGACAGACUGAGGAAGAUGGAUGAGAUCAAACACUCAGUGGAGCUCAGCAGAAUAAGUGCUGAAAAGGAGAUUGAGGGCAGUGUACUAGUCUUUAGCAAACUGGUGUGCUCCAUCAAGAGAAGCCAGGCUGAGCUCAUCGAGGUGAUUGAGGAGAAGCAGAAAGCAGCAGAGAGGCGCGCUGAAGGGCUCAUCAAUGAGCUGGAGCGGGAAAUCAUUGAACUACAGAGAAGAAGCACUGAGCUGGAGCAGCUCUCACACACAGAGGACCAGCUCCACUUCCUACAGAGUUUUCCCUCUCUCUCCACUCCUCCACCCACCAAGGACUGGUCUGAGAUCAGUGUAUACUCCGAUCUAUGUGUGGACACUGUGAGGGCUGCUAUGUCUCAGCUUGUGGACACCUGCAGAGACUUCGAAAAGAGAUUAUGUGAAGCGGAGCUGAGGAGAACCCAGCAAUAUGCAGUGGACGUCACUCUGGAUCCAGUCACAGCCGCCUCGUGGCUCGUCCUGUCCUCCGAUGGGAAGCAGGUGGGUCUGGGAUACCAGCAGAACCACUCCCUUCCUGCAGACCCUCGGAGGUUUGACUCCUGCGUCUGUGUGCUGGGAAAGCAAGGCUUUGCCACCGGAAGGCACUACUGGGUAGUCCAGGUGGGCGACAAGACAGACUGGGAUGUGGGCGUGGCUAAAGAGUCUGUCAACAGGAAGGGGAGUGUCACGGUGAGGCCAGACCAAGGCUACUGGGCUGUGUGCCGGAGGAAAGGCAGCCAUCUUAGCGCAUGUGCCGGGCCAUCUGUCCCCCUUCACCUGAGAAAGAAGCCGCGGAAGGUUGGGGUGUUUGUGGAUUUCGAGGAGGGAUUGGUCUCCUUUUACAAUAUGGAGGCGAAGGCUCAUAUUUAUAGUUACAGGGGAUGCGGCUUCACUGAGACACUGUAUCCGUAUUUUAACCCCUGUCUUCAUGACGACGGGAAGAACACCACCCCAUUGGUUAUCUGUUCUGUGGAAGGGGAGGCGGGGCCUAUACAGGAAGUUGUGAGGCCUAAGAUCCCGCCCGCGGCUCUGGCGUUGGCUGGGAGGAGCCGUCAAUCAUCUGUUGGCUCUGUUUCGCAACACUUCUGAGGCUGUUAUCUGACAAGGGACUUUGAGAGAUACUUCUGAAAAAUACUACCUGUGUUGAUGGACAGAAUCAAUGACAUAAGCAUAAAAGUUCAAUUAAGAUUUUGUAUCCAGAUUUGGUAGAAUUGAUUCUCAUAUUUCAUAGCUUAAUGCAAAACAGGUGUAACUAAAAAUCACCUUGAGAUUGUUUUCUUACUAGCUUUCUACAUUUUGAAGUGAAAGAAAGAAAGGAUAUGAGAGGAUAGAGAGAAAAGGGAGGAGUGUAGAACAGGUAGGCGGUUGCGGGCGAAAGCAAACAGACGUUGUAUGUGAUGCUCGUGUAUGUGAUAUGAUUAAAUGUCUGUUUGAACACAGGGCUUCCCUGAGAGAGAAAGAGAGCAGGGUUAGAAAGAGGGAAAGGAGGGAAAGAGAGAUGUGAAUGAGAGAAAGAGGGCAGGGUUAGAGAGAGGAAAAUGAGAGUGAGGAAAGGAGGGAGAGAGACAGAGAGGUGUGAGAGAGCGAGAGAGUGGGGUGUAGAGAGCAUGUGAGAGUGAGAGAAUGCUAGACAGGGAGGGAAAAGUGAGAGAAAAGAAACAGAAAAAGGAGUAACUUCCUCGUUGCUUCAUGAAAACAUAGAAAUACAAUUUAUUGCAAAGGUAAGAUUUAAGAUUUAGAUUUCAACUGUUGUAAAGUUUUAAUUCCCAAUGUUGUAUCCUUAACCUGUUGCGUCGCGCAAUCCCGGAUCCGGGAUUCUAUUUAUAGCCUCAAGCUCAUUAGCAUAACGCAACGUUAACUAUUCAUGAAAAUCGCAAAUGAAAUGAAAUAAAUAUAUUUGCUCUCAAGCUUAGACUUUUGUUAACAACACUGUCAUCUCAGAUGUUCAAAAUAUGCUUUUCAACCAUAGCUAAACAAGCAUUUGUGUAAGAGUAUUGAUUGCUAACAUAGCUAUAAGCCUAGAAUUCAGCCAGCAACAUUUUCACAAAAACAAGAAAAUAAUUCAAAUAAAAUAAUUUACCUUUGAAGAACUUCAGAUGUUUUCAAUGAGGAGACUCUCAGUUAGAUAGCAAAUGUUCAGUUUUUCAAAAAAAUAUUAUUUGUGUAGGACAAAUCGCUCCGUUUUGUUCACGUUUGGCUAUGAAAAAAACCUGUAUACAGUUAUAGCCUCAAGCUCAUUAGCAUAAUGUAACGUUAACGAUUUCUGAAAAUCGCAAACAAAAUGAAAUUAAUGCGCCUGCUCUCAAGCUUAGCCUUUUCUUAACAACACUGUCAUCUCAGAUUUUCAAAAUAUGCUUUUGAACCAUAGCUAUUCACUAAUUUGUGUAAGAGUAUGCUAAGCUAGCUUAGCAUUUUGAGUAGCAUUUAGCACGCAACUUUUUCACAAAAACCAGAUAACCAAAUAAAUAAAAUCAUUUACCUUUGAAGAGCUUCAGAUGUUUUCAAUGAGGAGACUCUCAGUUACAUAGCAAAUGUUCAGUUUUUCCUGAAAGAAUCUUUGUGUAGGAGAAAUCGCUCCGUUUUGUACAUCACAUUUGGCUACCGAAACGAACCGAAAAUUCAGUCACCAACAACGUCAAACUUUUUCCGAAUUAACUCCAUAAUAUCGACGAAACAUGGCAAACGUU